AUGAAUAAGUUUCUGCUCCUCAGUAUCUCCAUUCUUCUCUGCUCUGUCCUGGCUGAAGCACGUACCUGCUAUCAAUGCAGUAAUUAUAAAAUAGGUGUUGGCUGUAAAUCCCCUGGCCUAAAGUAUUGUACAGCUGAACCAGGACAACAGUGCAAGACAAUCACAUCUUUCCGAGGUAACUUACAGCAUUUCAUUGGGCAAGGGUGCACUCAGCUAAAUGAAGUAUGUGGAUCUACUCAAUUCAGUGAAGAAUUAGGCAGUUUUACAACAAAUUGUUGUAACAGCCAUGAUUACUGCAACAGCAUAUAG